AUGUCUAAUGAUAUUAGUAGUAGUAGUACUAACACUGAAUUACCAUCAGCUAUAUAUACAGCACCUAAUGAUAACAUUGGGAGUCAUAUAAAUCAUAAAUUUACUAUAGAAGAUCCCAAUCUACCUAAAUAUAAUACGACAAAUGGGAAAACUAGUGGACCAAGUGAAUAUUUAACCAAGAAAGCUAUAGACAGUAGCAAUAAAGAGGAUAUAAUCAAUAAAGAUAAUGCUAGUAUGCCUAGUAGAGAUAGUUUUUUGGGGGAAUUAAGAAUGCAACUAACUGGUUUGCAAGAUGAUAUAAAUGAAUAUUUAACAGAGAGAAUGAAUGAUAAUAUUGCUAAUAUUAAACGGUUAAAGAAGUAG